UGUUAUAUAAUUACGCAUACACAUACGUAAUAAUUGCUCUAAUAAAAUUUUGUUCACUUCAAAAUACCCCAGAAAACGUUUUGUCACCAUGGAAACAAAGCGGCCCUCUUGCUCCGGAAGAAAACCCUGUGUAAUAAGUUCAACUUCCGGGUAGAAACAUUGUGCAUGAAGGAAAAUCUGCUUGCAAAUUCAUUUGGACGAACUCCUCGGCCAAUUUAACUUUGCAAAAUGUCCCGAGGCUCAAGUGCAGGGUUCGAUCGACACAUUACCAUCUUCUCUCCCGAAGGCAGACUCUAUCAAGUCGAAUACGCCUUCAAGGCCAUAAACCAAGGUGGGCUCACGUCGGUAGCAGUCCGGGGGAAGGACUGCGCAGUUGUCGUAACACAGAAAAAAGUACCGGACAAGCUACUGGAUGCUGCCACAGUGACCCACCUCUUCAGAAUAACAGACAAUAUCGGAUGCGUAAUGUCUGGCAUGACGGCCGACAGCAGGUCUCAGGUCCAGCGCGCUCGCUACGAGGCGGCCAACUGGCAGUACAAGUACGGCUACGAGAUCCCGGUGGACAUGCUGUGCAAGAGAAUCGCCGACAUCUCGCAGGUCUACACGCAGAACGCCGAGAUGCGGCCACUGGGCUGCUGUAUGAUCGUGAUCGGCGUAGACGAGGAGUUCGGCCCCCAGGUGUACAAAUGCGACCCCGCCGGCUACUACUGCGGCUUUAAGGCCACCGCCGCCGGGGUGAAGCAGACGGAAGCCACCAGCUUCCUGGAGAAGAAAGUGAAAAAGAAACUGGACUGGACCUUUGAGCAAACUAUUGAGACUGCGAUCUCUUGCCUGACAACCGUUCUCUCCAUCGACUUCAAGCCCUCUGAGCUGGAGGUGGGAGUCGUAACAACGCAGGACCCCAAGUUCAGGAUUCUGACAGAGUCUGAAGUCGACGUCCACCUCAUGGCCCUGGCAGAACGGGACUGAGCGAGCCGAAAAGCUGGAUUGACUCGAAGCAUGAUGGGAAAUGCAGUUCCCAGGCAGAUGCCGGCCUCGUCUUUGUUUGCUGUACAUUUCCCCUCCCCCUCCCCGCCCUCCCCACACAUACACAUUGUUUCAUUCAACAAUAAAACAAGUUUUUUGGAGUAAAAGAAC